CUGCUCAGAGUAUUUACAGACUGCUUCUUUACUUGGAGAGCUAUUGUUCACUUGUGUGUAAGGGGAAAAAAGGGAGAAAAAAAAAUGAGAUUUCAGCAUUAUUUUUUGGUGUUUUUUAUCUUUGCAACGAGUCUUCUUUUUAUCACCGAACAGAAGCCAGUUAAUUUCCCCAGGAAAAGAAAAUUACACAGACACCACUGCUUCCGGAGGAGAUGCGUUUCACUCCAUGCCCGCGUGCCCUUCCCCUAAGAAAAUUCUAAUUUCGUUGGUUCUACUGGAAGAAGAGUUAAAGCUGAGAUGCCGGACCACCCUAAAACAACCUCGGCAUGGCAGUAGUGCGGCAGCUGGGCGUAACUAUGCAAGCAGGAGUUGUCGCAACGUUCCUUGGAUGGCUGUUAGGCACUCGAGACUGUUCUUCCUGCAUUUUCUUUGACAAGAAAGUAAUAUAAAUGGCAACAGACAGUG